AAUUAGACGGCUCAGAACAGAAGUGAGUAGUGACUGAAAACAAAACAAAGCAAACAACCUUCAAUAACCCUAAUUCCCUUCACCAAUCAGGACGGAUGCAGUAGCAUUGCCUAUGCAGGCUCGCCGUUCUUUUGCCUCCUCCGCCGCCGCCUCCGCCUCCGCCACCGCCACUGCCACCCGUUCUGUUCAUCAAUUCUAAUCACAUAGAAGAUGGAUAGCCAUAGCCAGAGCGAGUUAUUGCACUCGAAGAAGAGGCGCAGAGAGGAAAAGCCUGAACCCUUGCCUUCUCCGGAACAGGAUCAGGAACAGAGUUGCAGCAAGAAGAAGAGGAGAAAGAAGAAGAAAAUCAAGGAAGAGGGGAUUGAAUCACAUGAACACGAUCAGGUAUUGCUCCCUGAACCCGUAGUAGUGGCCACAGCAAUCCCCAUAACCCUAGAAACCCCUAAGGAACAAGGUGCAGAACCAAUUGAAGCCACUGUAGUGCACCCUGUACCUGAUCAGAGACCUGCAAAGACGCAUAGGAAGAAGAAGAAAAAGGAGACUGUGCUCGAACCCCAACCGGAACCCGAACCGGAACUGAAGGAAACUAGCAAUACUGAUCACUCUGAACCUACUCAAUUGUGUUCUGUUAAGAAAAAGAAAAAGAGAAAAGGAGCAGAAUCGAAUGAAGCUGUUGCUGAACUUGCUACUGUGUGUACUGAACCCCCUGCAGUGCAAGGGGGAGCACUGCCAGAACCGAAACCGAAGGAACCUUGCAGUACAGAGCAUCCUCGAGUGUGUCCUGAACCCCCAUUAGGCUUAGCAAUCCCCAUAGACCCAGAAAAGAAUAGAAAAGAGGCAGAACCUAAUGAAUCUAAUGCAGAGCAUCCUCGAGCGUGUCCUGAACCCCCAUUAGGCUUAGCAAUCCCGAUAGACCCAGAAAAGAACAAAGGGGAAAAUCUAACUCCAACUGAUGAGAACGAAUUGAACAGGAGAAAUAGAAGAGAAGAACUAGUGGCACUUGUGACCUCGGACGAGAAGAUAGUCAACCCAAGGGAUCAUCUAGUUCCUUUGAAGAGUAUCCCGGGCUUUGUCCUGGAGCAGCAGACUCAACCGGGUCCAGUAAUCCCAGUUUGCCCAAAUUCAGCAUCACUGAUUGGCCAAAGCCAAACAAUCCCAGUAGUAGACACAGAACAGAAGAUAAACAAGAGAAGUAGGAUGUCGAAGAUGAAGAGGAAGAGGAUGAAUAGCAUGCCAGAUAAACACAAUACAGAACCGCCUGAAACGAAGAAGAGGGUGCUAGACAGGGAAGAACCCAAUAAAUGCAAUGCAAAACUGCCUGAAACCCUGAUGCUGGCAUCUAACUGCCAUAUAGACCAAGCAAUCCCAUCGGAUUCUAAUCCUGCAGUUCCAACCAACCCGGAGCACAAGACCCCAAAGAAAUGGAAGAAGAGGGCAAAGAAGAAGAAUGUCCUCUUAAGUGAAGGGGGGAAAUCCAAUGAACACAAUGGACAGCCAACUGAAACCCCUGUUCAGAAAUCUGUAAGCCCAAUAAAUGCACCCUCAAUAGACCCAACACUCCCCACAGACCAGCCGGUCCCAAUAGACCUAGCAACUCCAAAACACUCAGAAGGAAAGAUGUCAAAUGCACAGAGGAAUAAUGUCCUCUUAAGUGAAGGGGUGAAAUCCAAUGAGCAGCCAACUGAAACCCCUGUUCAGAAAUCUGUAAACCCCAUAAAAGCACCAUCAAUAGACCCAACACUCCCCACAGACCAGCCGGUCCCAAUAGACCUGGCAACUCCAAAACACUCAGAAGGAAAGAUGUCAAAGGCACAGAGGAGGAAGAAAAAUAAGAGGGCACUCAAAAGUGCCUGGUCAGAGUCUGUCCACCACAGUUCUGAUCAAAAUGCUAAAAACCCAGUUCAGAGAACUGAAUCACUCAAACUCGUUGAAGCUAAAUCCGUUAAAGCUAAAAGUUUUAUGGCGUCCCGGCAGCAUGGUCACAAGCUGAAAUAUCCCUCCAAGGAUGUGGAAAUUUGUUUCUUUUGUGGGGAAAUUGGGCACUCACUUGGACGUUGCUCAGUGUCUCGAGCAGGGGGAGGACUAAGCAGGUUUGCCAAGUGCUUAAUAUGUCAUGCGCAAGGACACUUCAGCUAUAACUGCACUCGACAUGGUCAUGGAUUGAUCCAAAGCUGCAGUUACAUCCACUCGGGACUCCAAAGCCAGCAGUGGUAGCUGAAAGGAUAGUCUGAAGUUACAAGUAUGUGAGCAGUGUGAGCAGGGACGAUAUUUAGGAUGACUUGAAGUCAAUUUUCAUAUGUUAUUGUCGAUCUUGGUUCCUUGGCCUUGUGAUCUUAUGAUUAGGUGGGCAUGGUUUCCCAAUUUUGUUGGUUCAAAUUCCCUAUGUUGUAGAAACGGUAAUAUAUUUGUACACCUUGUUGAGGUUCCACAUUCCAUUUUCAUUUUAUGUUACUUUUUCUACAUUGGGAUUAGUUGAUCAAAAUUAAAGGAGUUAGUGAAUUUUUUUUUGAUAAGCAAAGGUUGUAUUAAUGGAGUUAGUGAUUUGGAAGUCGAUUACCCUGAAUAUAAUAAUAUUUGAAAAUGUUAUUUAUAGUUGCU